AUGCGGGCGUGCGUGGACGAGAUUACCGGAUGGAUGAAGGGAAGAUCGUUUUGGUUGGAAAUGAAUCAGAUGUUCUUCACUGCGGUUAUAGUCCAUGCCAUUUCAGAUGCUGGAAAAAGGUACCCAAGUGCAGUUCAUUACACACAUUCUAUGAUUCUAAGUCAGCUAGGAGUAGAUGAAAAUGUAAUUUUGGAACUGCUCUGUACAUCGUCCUGCGAUGUUCCUUUGAAGGCUCGCCAGCUACUACUGGAAAAUAUGCCUGCUGGUCAUGAUAUGAACUCACUUGCUUCUUAUUUACAAAGUAGCAAGCAGGCAUAUUCAAUGCAAGGGCUUAGACUGCGUGUUGAUCAGGAUAAACUGUUCGAGAAAGCUUUAAUGAACACAAAAGAUGCUCUUCUCAUCGUUUGUGAUCCGCGCGAUAAGGAGCUAGGAAUCGGCAUGGACGAAAAUCAGUUCGUGGAGUGGAUGGCUCGUGAGAAAGCAGAUUCACAAAUGGUAGAAUUUUGGAUGAAGAACGAAGCUGCGAAACCCCCUGCCUUAGGGGGUAAUCAGAUGGGAUCGAAGGCCUUUCCUACCGAUAAUGAUGAUAAUCCUAUCAAAAUCAAAGUCAAUGAUCAAAUAAUCUCUCUUCAGGGAAUUUUUCGUCCACUUAGUAAUUACUACCCACUGCCUUUUGAAAUGAAAGGAGAACGUUAUCGAUCAGUGGAACACUAUGCAUACGAAAAAUUGUUUAUUGCCUUGAAAUUGGACGAUAAAUGUAUUGAGAAGAUACAAACGACUGUUUUGCCUGUAGACGUUGCUACGAUGGCAAAGAGAUACUUCAAAAAGCAUGAGGCAGCUAUUGAAGCGAAAAUGACUAAAAUGGAUCGGUGGCGACAGUCAGCCAUGAAACAUAAAAUUGCCCAAAAUGAGUAUCUACAGCAGCUUCUACUGAGCACCGGUGAUGCACUUCUCAUAGAUUGCUGUGAAGGCGACCCCAUGUGGACUUGCGCCUCAUCGGAGCGUGAAAUGCAGCGCCUACUGACAAAGCCUUACGUAGGGCCUGCUGAUCUGAUAAAAUGGAUGAGGAAUAAGGACGAUAAAACACCGAAAACGUUAUCACACCUCGUCGGUAACAAAACCGGUUUGCUACUUAUGGAACUACGAGUGAAAUUAGCGUCACAGACCGAGAGUAGAAUACCACUGAUAUCGCACUUCAACACCUCCAGUUUAUCAUCAAUUGUUAGCACAAACGUGAUCUGCUUCACUGCCGAAUCCGUGUUUCACCCGCUUUAUCCUGCUGAAAUUCAAGUAGUUGAAGGACAACCCCUAUUUGCUUCACCAGCUCACUUUGUGGCUAGUCAAGCAGUGAAAUACCUUGGUUUCAAUACAGAAGAUACAGAGUAUGUCAUGGAAACUCAAUCGUCCCUCGAAUGUUGGGAACGCCUUCAUGAAACAAUAGAAGCGAAAGGUCGUGGGCUCGAGAGAGAGCAGAGUUGGUGGAUGGAAAGGAGGCAGAAGUGA